GUGUGAUUUGCUUCCCAAGCGUGGAGAAGGCUGUGGAAGCUGUACUUGAGAUUUCUAAGAACAAUAUCCGUGAUUUGUCCCGAGGCGAGUUGAUGACCGGUGCUGCUGUUCGUCAAGGGAACGCCUUCUUUGGAUGCCAAUAUACUGAGCUCCCUUCUCUAUGCUUCGAGUGCCAUUGCUCGGAUUAUAAGGCGGCCGAUAGAGCCUGCUGUGACGUGAUGGAAAUCGCUAAGAAGUGUGGGGGUACUGAUAUUAGAGCUACUAAUGAUAAAGAUGCUCUCGAGACUCUAUGGACUCUUCGUCGUGGUGCAUUUUACUCUACUAAGAACACACGAAGAGGGGAGAAGGGCAUUUCUGUAUUCGUUAGUGAUGCAUGCGUACCUCUGGUCAACCUUCCCAAAGUCAUCACUGAAACCGAAAACAUUUACCAAGACAUCUUCCACAAUGUGGACACGCUGUGCAUUGUUGCACAUAUCUUUGAUGGUAACUUCCACGCUAUGAUCCCGACCAAGGAGGAGGAGGUUGAUAAGAUAGAGGAAUUUAGUGACAGCUUGCGAAUAUAG